AUGAACGAAGAAGAACUGGUGGAGUACUUCAGGGCUCAGAUGAGGAAAGACCCGGACAUGGCCUCUGCCGUGGCAGCCAUCCGCACCCUGCUAGAGUUCCUCAAGAGAGACAAAGGUGAAACCAUCCUGGGUCUGAGGGAGAGCCUGACGUGGGCCACGGCCUGCCUGAAGGGAGAGGACUCCUCUGUGGCCGUGUCCUCUGGAGGAGAGCUGUUCCUGCGCUUCAUAAGCCUCACAUCCCUGGAGCAUCAGGAUUUGUCUCGCUGUAAGAAGGUGAUGGAGGAAAGAGGAGAACUAUUUCUAGAGAAGAUCUCCAUGUCCAGGAACAAAGUCGCUAAGCUCUGCCACACCUUCAUCAAAGACGGAGCUAAAAUCCUGACUCACUCGUACUCCAGAGUGGUCCUGCGGGUGCUGGAGAAAGCUGCGGCGGAGAAGAAGCGCUUCUCUGUCUACGUUACCGAAUCGCAGCCUGACGCCGCAGGACGGCAGAUGGCAGAGGCCCUGAAGAAACUCAACGUUCCAGUAACAGUAGUGCUGGAUGCAGCUGUAGGGUAUGUGUUGGAGAAGGUGGACCUGGUCAUUGUUGGAGCAGAGGGAGUCGUCGAGAGCGGAGGCAUCAUCAACAAGAUCGGCACCUAUCAGAUGGCUCUGUGCUCCAAGGCUCACAACAAGCCCUUCUACGUCGUUGCAGAGAGUUUUAAAUUUGUCCGUCUGUAUCCGCUGAACCAACAGGACGUCCCCGAUAAGUUUAAGGUGCGGCUUACUUCUUUUGUGUGUUUUUAUUUUAAUAAUUUUCCAUCGCUUUAUCCAGAUUUAUUGACUUGUGCUUCCUGUCCCGCCCAGUACAAAGCCGACACCCUGAAGAGCAUCCGGAACCUUUCGGAGGAACACCCGGUCAUCGACUACACGCCCCCCUCCCUCAUCACCCUGCUCUUCACAGACCUGGGGGUCCUCACCCCGUCGGCCGUCAGCGAUGAACUCAUCAAACUGUAUUUAUAACCGCGUCCCUUCGCUAAACAAUAAAACUGACGUUUAUGGUC